AAAGAUUUCUGUUCAUACUUUGUCCGUACCAGCUCCAGCUACCACAGUUAAACUCGGCUUUGUGUAGCUGGAGCUGGACUAAAAGGAAUCGGACGACCGGCAAUGCCGAAACGGUGGGGUGCGCUGAAGAAUGAAGAUGCCGAACGCAAAAAGGAGGUGCAGAGCAAUGGUAUCCUGCUGCCGAUCAGUAAGAUGGUACAGUUUCAACAGAUCAAGCUACCCUACACCAUUACCAAGGCCAAGCGAUUACCGCUAAAGAAUUCGCUCGUCACGCAAACGGUGGAGGUGAUGAAGCAAACCGAGAUGAUCCAGACGCUAAUCGACACCUACUCGACCAAGUCGGGGUGUGGGUACAUCCUGAACCCGUGCCAGCUGAUGCCGACGGUACACUUUCCCGCCAGCAACGUGGCAGACUUGACGCGCAACGAGCGCGUGACGAGACCGUUCUGGUUCGUGCCGUACACGAGCACACCGUUCACGCGGGGUGAACCGAAAAACCACGUGCAGGUUUCGCGUGCCGUCGUGCUGCAGGCCCUACGGAAGGCCGCCUGCGGGCUGCUCUGUAUGGUCGGGUUUUCCGAGAUCAACGAGUCCGCGUUGACGAUGUUCGUGGACGGGUUGGACCAGCAUAUGGCCCUGCUCGUGCACAGCCUGCGGAGCGUGAUGGGGAGCUCGGCGGACGAGCGCAAUCCAUCGCCAAAUGCGCUGAUGCUGGAGCGGAUGCACCUGUGGCUCGAGCGGACCAGCCUGUGCAACCUGCACAACUACGAAAAGCAGAUCACAUCCAAGAAUCGCUACGAGGUGCGCGAGUUUCGCGAUAUCUCGGACGAGUACGAGCGGCUGCUGCAGGAGAAUCAGCUGACCGUGCAGAGCAUGCAGCAGAAGCUGGGCGAAAUCAAGGAGGAAGAGUAUUUGAAUUUCAUCGACUCCCAGUCCCACUCGUCGAACGGCACGAUCAUGGAAGGGACAACGCUGAGCAUCGUUAACUUUAUCAACGGUGAAUCGGUGAAUGGGUUUAAGGAAAUCCUUGAUGGAGAGUUGCUCGAGUCGAACAGCGCACAGGAACCGAAGGAUAAAAUGUACCAGCAGGUCUAUCAAGGGCAAAACUUUGCACCGGUCAGCAGCAUCCCGCAUUGAUUUCUGUACACUGCGUCUACGUAUCAUGCUCAAUAGAAUCGGCUCCGAACAACGAUCAUGCCGGAUCCCGAUUUACUAGGGAGGCGCUACAUCCGUUAGGUUUAGGAAGACUGUAUGCAGAUCAAUCCUUGCGAAUCACGUGUGAUGCACCACAAAUGAUUAUGCAAAUGAAAAAUCGUUUAUUAUAGUUGGUAGGGUUAGGUAGGUCUUAAAAUAGCUUAGGUCAUGUAUAAGGACGGAUCAGAAGCUGUAUGUUUGAUUAGUUGCUUUCAUAUUUACUUUCUUGGCAUUACAUCUGGAAGGUGGAGGAGAUUGUAUGCUGACAAUUACGUUCGAUGCACCACAAAUGAUUAUUUUUAUGAUUAUGAGUUGUUUAUUGUAAUUGUUUAGGUUGAUUUUUAUAACCUUUUUGUCAUAUGUAAGGAUGAAACGGAGAGCUGUAUUUUCCGUAAGGUACUUUUAAUAUUUGCUUUCUCGGCAUUACAUCCGGAAGGUGGAGGAGGACUGUAUGCUGCUUAUUGCGUGUGAUGAACCACAAAUGAUUAUUUUGUAAUGAAUGUUGUAUUUUUAUAAUACCUAUGUGCUAUAUUUAAGGUAUAAAACUAUGGCGAAAACAGUAAAUGAUACAAAUCUAGACGUUUGCUA